AUGGGAGAUUUGGCCAAGGCCCGAGUGGAGCUUGAACAACUAUAUCUGGGGAUCCCCGAUGACUCUGUUAAUCUCACUUUCCAGGACCUAGCUGACAUGAAGCAAAAGGCAAGCGCAUCUGAUAACAAGAGAAGCACCAGCGCGAUGGAUCCCCUUCAGCAAGACAAUACUCCAACUACAAAACAAUUAGGAUCAUCUUUGACCAAACUUCCCAGCCUUGAUUUCAGCAGAGGCCUGCAAGGGACCAACCAUCACCAUAAACAUUAUGUUCAAGACACUGACAACUUUGAUUCCCACAUGGAAAUGGAUCACCAUCGUGCCUGGAAGGAUCAAACUCAACGAACUAGUCCCAGGGGUCAUAUGGAGUUUAGGCAUGGGGUGUCCUACGAUGACGUAAGCGUCAUAAGCAUGGCAUCUAACUAUCCGGAAAGAGGGCAAAGACGCCGCCCUGGGAUUCCUCACUCCAACAUAUGCACCAUCUGCAGUACUUACAUAUACAUCUUCCGCCAUCGAUGCCUGGUUUGUGGAAGGGUGUACUGUAGGCAAUGCGUAUGUAUUGGGAUGGGAGAAAUGGCAGAAGGCAGAAAGUGCGUUCUGUGUUUGGGAAGAAGAUUCAGCCCAAGGUACAUAAAAAGAGCAGGAAAGAUGGGCUGCUGUUGGAGGUACCCGAGUAUGGUGAAGCAAGCAGAGCUGAAGUGGGCAGAGAAAGGGCCUCGGAGAAGCGGGGAGAGAGCAGAUGGGCGCAGUACCGUGACCCUGAGCAUGAUGUCAAGGUCAAGAAGCCCUCAAAGGACUCCAACCGGGACCAGGACCACGAUGGCUACUACUACUAGCAGCACCCCAUCUUUUGUCGCUACCUCACCUGCCUAUUCCCCUUAUUCUCAUCACCACCUUCCCAUCUAGUUUGCUAUAUUAUUCUAUUAUUCUCUAUUGAAUAUUUAUUUGGUCAAAGCUGAACUAA